AUGCCGUCUUCGAGCGGGUCCUCCGACUUUGUGCGAAAACUCUUCAACAUGUUGGAAGAACCUGAGUACCGGCAUAUUUUGCGUUGGAGUGAUACAGGAGAUUCUUUUAUUGUGUUGGAUACAAACGAGUUUACAAAGACGAUAUUACCUCGACAUUUUAAGCACAGCAACUUUGCUAGUUUUGUCCGGCAGUUAAACAAAUAUGACUUUCACAAAGUGCGCAAUGAGGACGGUGCUCCUUCCAUAUAUGGUGAAGGUGCUUGGGAAUUUCGCCAUGACGAUUUUCAACUGCAUCAUAAAGAUCUCCUCGAUAAUAUAAAGCGUAAAGCUCCUUCCAAGCGAAAUUUGGCGGGUGACGCUGCUACUCCAGCCAUCGAAAACUUUCGACAGCGUGUCGACGGUAUCCAUGAUUUUCAGAAAUCUUUGGAUACAAAUCUCGCUGGUCUCACAAACAGCUACCAAACUAUUCUUUUAAAGAUGUUUGAGCUAAAACGAGGGAUCGAAUCAAGAGAUUUUCUCAUUGGUAGCCUUAUAUCUUAUUUAUGCGAUUUAGAAAAUACUAAUCAACGACAAACUUCCUCUAAUUCCAUGUUUGUUCCUUCUCAUUCGCUUCAAAAACUAAUUGAUGGCUUCCAAUCUAUCACAAAGGGCCAAAAUAUCACUCCUGUCCCGUCUAUGCCUCAUAUUCCUACAUCUCAACCAGUACAAACACCGUCCUCUGCUUCGAAGGUUGCCAUGGAUUCUACCCUUGCCGGUCAAGGCACCCAUAGAUCAAUGUAUGCAACACCUUCUUCGGAUUACGACUUGGCUGGCCAGGAGAAGCAGGCGAAUGAAAUGACUUCUGCUACCUCCAUAAAUACACCCAUGCCCACGAAUGGACCGCCAAGCUUGCCACAUCAUUCUGCCUUCCCAGUCUAUGAAAAAUACCCUCCUAUCCCUCAACCUGCAGAACCAACCUUCAGCCCUCAUCUAGAACAAAAUUCAGCCUUGUCUAAAUCGUAUUCCCAACUAUCGGCCGAGUCUUUAGCCAAGUCGAAUCCCGUAGCGGAUUCCUAUUCUUUUAUGGCAUCUAAUAUGUCUAUGAACGGAAGUAUAUGGCAAAGGCAACCUCGUAUCCUUUUGGUUGAGGACGACGAAGUUUCAAGGAGAAUGACUAUUAAUUUCUUAACUCUCUUUGAUUGCCAAAUAGAGGUUGCUGUUGAUGGUAUUAACGCUGUAAAUAAAGCAAAUAGCGGUGGUUACGAUUUAAUUUUGAUGGACUUUAUACUUCCUCAACUGGAUGGGCUUUCCGUUACGUGCCUUAUCCGCCAAUAUGAUCAAAACACUCCAAUAGUGGCUAUUACGUCUAAUAUAUCCAUGGACGAUGCUGUCAAUUACUUUAAUCAUGGCGUUACUGAUCUUUUAGUGAAACCUUUCACCAAGUCAUCAUUACUGCAGAUUUUGAAAAAGCAAUUAGUGAAUAUGCUACAACAUAAUUCUACUGUCAGUUUAUCGUCUGGAUCCCCAGGGGACGAUUUGAAAGACAAUAAGCAGCCUGUGUCAUUUUAUUUAGAGACCGAUACACCGAUGUUUCCGGCUAGAGUCUUGCAAGAUCCUGUUCAAUCCGACAUCCAUCCCCCUCAAUAA